CAGACCCUUUCCCGAUGAGUGCAGGAGUAGGAUAUCGAAUCCAGAGCACAGUUCUGGUGAAUGAACCCAGGUCGAUACGUGCUGGUGGAGAUGUUGGCUAUAGGAUAACCGGCAGAUUGAACGUUGGAGCCAUUUGGGAUGGUGGAAAUGGUGACAAAAUGUUAAGAUUUGAGUUGCUGUAUCCGAAAUUACACGUAAAAUCUCGGAAAGCACCAGCUCCUGAAGGUUUUGUGGAACACAGUUCAAGAAUUGAAAGUGCCAAAAACAAGGUAUUUUACGUCACGUGGUCCAAUGGAAAAAUAGAACAUAUGUACGUGGAUCCCGAUGAGCCGUUAUCCAUGAUAAAUUUCAAGAGAGGACUUGUCAGUCUUUUCCAGUUCCAACUUCUAGAUGGCGAUCAUAUGGAAUCUGAUGUUUCUGGCGAUUGUCUAGCUUCUUAUACGACAUCAGGCCCUCAUUCAGGAGUCAAGAAGUCCAAAAAACGUUGCUUAAUUAGCCAUCAAAAUAAAAGAGAGAGGCCUGAUGAAGCCCUAUCUGUGCAUACACAUUCUCAAAGAGGAGUCGAAUAUAAGACAAAUCAAGAAGGUCUUUUGGAGUCAAUUAUUGCUGAUGAAGUUCACGAAUUGGAAUUGGUUUUGAAACGCGAUGCAGGUGCCAAUGUCCGUACGAAAAUUGAACUCGUUCUGGAAGACAAAAAGGUGAAAAUGUCACCAAUUAAGAGCAUCAAUUUACAAGAUGCCGUUAAUCAAUUGAAAAAUGUUGCAAGUAGAACACUGCGCGCUGAGAAGGAACCGGCUCUUUGCCAAGAUGAACAAUGUCCUACGAUGGAACGGUUGGUAUCAGAACAUCGGAACAGUUUGAAGCAGGAAUCGAUUGGAGGAGCUCGUGCUGCUACAGCAUUUGUGAAGAUUAUUCCAGCGGUCAGAGCGGCUACUACUGAUCAAAUAUUAUCAGUUCUCGAUUCGCUGAAAAACGCAGAAAUUAUAACUCAACUUUGUGAUCUUUGUGGAUUUGCCCAAACAUCAUCAUCCCAUGAGGCCAUCAAACGUUUCUUAGACUUAGAUAAUGAUCAUGAUCUUGACAACUGGGAACGUUAUCUUUGGGCUUUAUCUAUGGGUGCUCAUCCAUCACCUGAAGUUUUAGCAGACAUAUUGAGAAUGGUGCAGAAGAAAGCGAACAAAACUAGGGAUCACAAAUUGACCGAUACACUUCUUCAAACUAUGGCAGCAAUGGCCAAAAAUUUAGCAAAAUUACCUGGACGCAGCUAUGAAGAUAAGUUGGUGCAACAAGUAUCUACACAUAUUAGUCAAAAUCUCAAAGCAUGUCAGAAUGAUGAAUGUCGUCUUGUUUACAUUCGAGCAAUGAGAAAUUUGCAAGAUCCUGCGACAGUGAAAAGCCUUCUCCAACAUGCCACAAAAGGCAGCAAACCUGUUUCUGUCACAGCUAUGAAAGCUUUGAAAAACUUUCCUCAGAGAGUUUUACAGUACGACACUGUACAGAAGGCUUGCAUUCAAAUAUUUUUCCAGAUUACGAAGAAAUUUGAUUCAAGCGCAAGAACGUUAGCUUUGGACAUUUUGUUGGAUGCAGGCAUUAAAGAUGAGCUGCUGAAAGAUGUUUUAGAUUAUUUGAGGAGUCCAGAUAAAGCUUUCGAGGUCAAACAAUACGUUUUGCAGAGAUUGCGACACGAGUCAGACAAAUCCGAAAUCUUUGAAAAUAGGGUAAACAAAUUGUUGCGGCAAUCUAGGCGUGUUAAUAAUUAUAAUGUUCUUGGACAGAAAGGUUUAUCCACUGCGUUUUCUCGAGUGUAUGCAAGCUCUAAUACAUCAAGUACACAGUUAGCGACUGUACAAGAAAUGAAUGGAGGCAUGCUCAAACGUGGUGUUGUAGAUUUUAAUGUACAAUAUGGCGAAGACAACAAAUUACACAACAUUAUGAGUAUAAUGAUUGGAAAGUUUUGCAAUAUGUUGUUGUGCCUGGUACGUUUAGUAACUCUACUGGGCAUAUCGCUAAAGUGGAUUGGGAGUUUCGUAUCGGACACCACGGCGUCUGGCGAAGACAAAGAGGAAGAGCAAGAAGAUGCAACUGCUGGAAUGGAAAUAACUGUCCAUGGCGUAACCAUUAGACCAUUUGCAUUCUUUACUGGACAAGGUGAACUCAUGGGGCACGUUUGGUCUGGAACUGGCUCGGACAAGACACCAGCUUAUCAGGCUGCCAGUUUGUUAUACGACCACCAGGAAACUCUACCAUUACAAACUGGCGUCAUAGCUGAACUAUCUCUUGUGGGAGGAACUUCUGUUGAUCUUUCUGGACAAGUACAGAUUUCGUUAUGGAAUAGAAACGCUCAUUCUCUUAUUGAAACCAAUACACAGUUAGCGACUGUACAAGAAAUGAAUGGAGGCAUGCUCAAACGUGGUGUUUUGGGAAUGUUUGCCGGUGGAUUGGGCAGUUUCGUAUCGGACACCACGGCGUCUGGCGAAGACAAAGAGGAAGAGCAAGAAGAUGCAACUGCUGGAAUGGAAAUAACUGUCCAUGGCGUAACCAUUAGACCAUUUGUAUUCUUUACUGGACAAGGUGAACUCAUGGGGCACGUUUGGUCUGGGAACUGGCUCGGACAAGACACCAGCUUAUCAGGCUGCCAGUUUGUUAACGACCACCAGGAAACUCUACCAUUACAAACUGGCGUCAUAGCUGAACUAUCUCUUGUGGGAGGAACUUCUGUUGAUCUUUCUGGACAAGUACAGAUUUCGUUAUGGAAUAGAAACGCUCAUUCUCUUAUUGAAACCAAUGCUGGAGCGACGAUUUUAGGCCAUCUGCGCGUGGAUAACUCCUUCGUGCGUUCCGUCUGUGAAUUCAGUUUGACGGCCGAGCCGAAGUUUCACAUCAGUAGCAAUAUCGACUUUUACGAUAAAAUGGCCCUGUGCAUGCAACCGCAACAGCCGGAAUUCAUAAUCAAACAUAAUACAUUCAAAAUCGAGCGUAUACCAGGUAGCAAACAUCGUCUGCGAAAGGCGACUUACCGAAUUAACAAAUUACCAGGAAAAACGCACGCCCUUAAUCGCAAGAAUAGUGAAAUGUGCAACGCUAUUUUCCGAUAAAUAAAUAUGUGAACAAUAAAUUAUUGAACAUUUUUAAAAUAAUUAAUAUUAAGAUUUUUUUAUUAAAGCGGAAUCUCAAAAUCC